CAUAGACAACAUGGUGCACUGUGUGGUCUUAACAUUUCCAGCACAAGGCCACAUUAACCCCAUGCAUCAGUUCUCCAAGCUCUUGCAGCAAAAAGGGGUGAAAGUAACCCUAGUUACCACCCUUUCAUACUGCAAGAAGUUGCAGAACUUACCUGCUUCUAUUGCGCUUGAAACCAUUUCUGAUGGGUUUGACAAUGACGGGAUAAAUGAAGCAGAUAACUACAAGGCCUACUUGGAACGCUUUUGGCAAGUGGGGCCAAAGACGUUUGCUGAGGUUCUUGAGAAACUUGGUGGAUCAGGUGACCCUGUUGAUUGUGUUAUUUAUAAUUCGUUUUUCCCUUGGGCUCUUGAGGUUGCAAAGAGAUUUGGGAUAGUUGGGGCUGUUUUCCUCACUCAAAAUAUGUGUGUCAAUAGUAUAUACUACCAUGUCAACCAAGGAAACUUGUGUCUUCCCCUCACAGAAAAUGAGAUUUCCCUUCCUUUGUUGCCUAAACUUCAGCUUGAGGACAUGCCCACAUUCUUCCUCCCCACAGAUGAACAUUCAGUUUUGCUUGAUUUGGUAGUGGGUCAGUUCUCCAACAUCGACAAAGCUGAUUGGAUCCUUUGCAAUUCAUUCUACGAGAUGGAAAAAGAGGUAACUGAUUGGACAAAGAAGUCUUGGCCCAAAUUUAGGACAAUAGGACCAUGCAUAACAUCUAUGAUUUUAAACAAGCGAGGUGACGAAGAUCAAGAUGUUACACAAUUCAAGAGUGAGGAAUGCAUGAAAUGGUUAGAUGAUAAACCAAAAGAAUCUGUUGUGUAUGUUUCUUUUGGGUCUAUGGCAGUAAUCAACGAGGAGCAAAUAAAGGAAGUGGCAUAUGGUUUAAGAGGCAGUGGAAGUUACUUUUUAUGGAUAGUAAGGGCCUCAGAACAAUCUAAGCUUCCCAAAGAUUUCGAAAAGAAGUCAGAGAAAGGUUUAGUAAUAGAGUGGUGCUCGCAGCUAAAAGUUCUAGCUCAUGAAGCCAUAGGGUGUUUUGUUACACAUUGUGGUUGGAACUCCACAUUGGAGGCAUUGAGUUUUGGUGUUCCAACGGUUGCAAUGCCAUAUUGGUCUGACCAAAGUACAAAUGCUAAGCUUAUUGAAGAUGUCUGGAAAAUGGGAAUUAGGGUUACAUUUGAUGAGAAAAAGAUUGUGAGAGGAGAAGCAUUGAAAUAUUGUAUAAUGGAGAUAAUGAAGAGUGAUAGAGGCAAAGAGAUAAAAAAUAAUAUGAAGCAAUGGAAGGCUUUGGCUGCACAAGCUGUUAGUGAGGAAGGGAGUUCUCAUGAAAACAUUGAAGAAUUUGUGAAUAGCUUGUUCAGUUUAUAAUAGCAGCAUGCAUGGAAUUUCAGAUUUUGUAUGUUCUUGUUGAACUAAACAGUGUUGUUGUUUGUUUUAAUUUGUUGGCUAGUUAUUGGAGAGUCACUGUGGUGAAUGUCAUUAAUAUUUUAGAAAAUGAAAAAUCGUGGCUCAUUGAAGAAGUUGUAACUUAAAUAAAACA